AUGGACAACAUGAACUCGUUUGUGGAAUACUCCAUUUGUAAUCGACCGGGGACCGGCGCUUAUUCUGCGCCUAAAUCUGGAUACCACCACCACCAUCAUCUGCAUCCUCAUCAUCAUCCUUCUCUGGAUCAGCAUCAGGGCUUCCCCGUGACCUCCGGCUCUUUCCAUACUGGACCCACCGGCUCUCCAGUUCCCGUUAACGGGACGAGAAGUGACAACAUCGUCGGGGGAGCGAGUUACACCGGGGAUGGGCGGCUGUACGGGGGCUCUGGAGGUGGAGGAGCGCACGGGACCACAGGGGCGAACCAGCAUCAACAGCAACAUCCUCAUCAUCCAGAGCAGCAGCAUCAGCAGACGCACAACGGCUACCAUCAUCAUCCGCACCUUCACCAAACCCAAAGCUUACAAAGCGGAACACUGUCAGCCUAUAAUGCCGGGAAUAGCGUCAGCAGCGGGGCCUAUGCGGGUCAGGCGUGCGCCACAAACUCGGAGUAUAUUAACGCGAUAGGCCCUCCCAACACCGUUCACCCCCAGUAUUUCAUGGAGGAGUCUGUAGCCUCCACCUACUAUCAUCAAUCAACCUUCCCCAGCUCGGCCCCCACCGUCGGCCCCAGCUACGGGGCCCUGGCCGGGGCCUACUGCGGGCCUCAGGGCGCUCUUGCCGGGUCACAGUACCCGCAGCAGCUUGGCGGGGGUCUGGACGCAGCGGGCUACCUGGGGCUUCCACACGGGGGAGGUUACGGUGAGCUACCGGUCUCCCAGGACCGAGAGAGGGGGGAUGAGGAAGGCCAGCAGGCCGGGCAGGGGCAGACCUUCGACUGGAUGAAGGUGAAAAGGAAUCCGCCUAAAACAGUCAAAGUGUCGGACUUCGGCCUCGCGGGCGCGCACAACAACGCCAUGCGCACCAACUUCAGCACGCGGCAGCUCACGGAGCUGGAGAAGGAGUUCCACUUCAGCAAGUACCUGACGCGGGCGCGGCGCGUGGAGAUCGCCGCCACGCUCGAGCUCAAUGAGACGCAGGUUAAAAUCUGGUUCCAGAACCGGCGCAUGAAGCAGAAGAAGCGCGAGCGGGAGGGCGCCUCCGCCACGGCGCGCUCCGGUACCGACAGCGGCUUCAACAAGGACUUGGAGGACACAGAUCAGUCCUCCGCGUCCACGUCUCCAGGCGCGUCCCCGAGCUCGGAGACGUAG